GACAUCACUGCGUCAACACGUGUUGCAAGUUGAAGACGUCAAGAACACCAUCUGUCGUACGUGGUAGUAAUAUCUUUGUCGAUCACCCGUCUGCAAUUGCAACCACCCUGCGCUCACCUCCGCCAUCUCCGUGAAUGACUUCGACGACAACGAGCAGGAUAUUUCGCUGUGCCGUAUUUACUAGUCGCAUUCUGUAGAAAUUCGAGUCUGGUACUCUCGCAAGAAAUGGCUUAUAACUUUCCAGGAGUACCAGCGACCGCUAUGCCGCCCAUGGGCAUGGGACCGAUAGGCCCACUGGGCAUACCUGGACCACAAGGCUUCAUGGAGCUUGCUGGUCAAGGGUUCCCACCGCUGCCACCACCCAUACCACUGCCUGGAAUGAAUGACUCGCCUCUGGAGUUCAGUACGAACAAGAAUCAGCCUCCAGUGGUACGGGAAACCUCAGACGAUAGUAACGACAGGAGAAACGACAAGAAUGACAACAGGAGAGAUCGAGAGAAUAGGGAUAACCGAGAAACACGAGACACCAAUAGGAGCUUGUAUGUGUCUUGCGAAAGGUCAAGAAGUGAACGUAGCGACAGACGUGACAGAGAUCGGGAACGAAGGGAUGAGAGAAACGAACGCGAUAGAAGGGACGACCGGAGAAUUGAAGACAGAAACAACGGAAAUUCCUCGAAAAAUAACAACGCUCAUUCGAACAAUUCGAAUAACAACGAAAUUCUGUCGUCGACAAACACAAAUAACACGCCAAGUAUAGGUACACAAAUAGAACCUACCACCAGUGUCUGGGGUAUGGGAGUGGGUUAUCCUAUGAUGGGUAUGGGUCCCAUGGGACCAAUGGCGCCAAUGAUGGGCGAGAUGGCAUUGGGGCCGCACAUGAGCCAUACUCACGGUUACAAUCCGAUGGGCAUGAGUAUGAUGUCGCACGACGGAGGAAUGAUAGGCGCCCAGAUAUUGAGUGAACAAAUCAUGACAGACGCGGCGCAGAUAAUGACCGCGAGCUUGCCACCGCCACCAACAACGCCUCAAGGUACCAAAGAAAUUAUACAUUGUAAGAGCUGUACAUUGUUUCCACCGAAUCCAAAUGCUCCACCACCCACUACGCGAGAAAGGCCACCAGGAUGUAGAACAAUCUUCGUUGGAGGAUUACCUGAAAAUAUCACAGAAGCUAUAAUACAGGAGAUAUUCGAGCGAUGCGGCGAGAUCACUACUCUACGUCUCUCCAAGAAGAAUUUUUGCCACAUACGCUUCGUUCUGGAAGCUAGUGUCGAUGCAGCGAUUUAUCUGUCUGGUUACAGGGUGAGAAUAGGAUCCAGCGGCGACUCUGCAAAUACCGGCAGACUGCACGUAGACUUUGCUCAGGCUAGAGAUGAUCAGUAUGAGUGGGAAUGUAGGCAACGGCAGCUGCAAAGAGAACAGCGUCACAGAGAAAGAGUGGAAAAGGAAAGACAAAGGCCGCCAUCGAGUCCACCCCCAGUGGUGCACUACACAGAUCAUGAGGCAUCAAAUACCUGUGAAAAAAUUAAGCAGGAUGACACAUUUAUGAAAGCGGUACAAGUGGUCGUAACAUGGUUAGAACGAGGAGAUUGCACGAAACGUAACGCCAACAUUUUCUACUCGAUGAUACAGUCGACAAAUUCCCACGUGCGGCGACUGCUGACGGAGAAGGCUGCUUACGAGGAGGAGCUGCAGAAGGCCAAGGAACUAAUGAAAGGACGAAUGCAGGGACUCCUCAUACAAUUCAGUCAGAUCGAACGAGUCUUUACUGCGGCCAGCCACAAGAAGGUCUGGGAUCACUUCACUAAGGCACAGCGGAAGAACAUCGAGAUGUGGAAGAAGCAAUCCUCGGAAAUAAAGGCGAUGCAGCUGGAAGACAGUCUGAUGGAGGGCGAGGGCGAGAUGGACGUGUCGGACUCGGAAGAGGAGCCGCAGCGUAAAAAAGGCCGCAAUCCGUCUGAUGGCAACGAGGACGCCGAAAGACUGCAGACUCUAAAAGAGGAGAACGAUAGUCUAAGAUGUCAGCUGGAAGCAUAUAAGAACGAGGUAGAUCUCUUGAAGUCGGAGACAAAAGCCGAGAUGGACGGCAAGGAAAAGCAGAUGAAGAUGCUGCAAAAGACACUGAAAGGUAUGCAAGACCAACUGAUGCAGUCGCGCAAGCAACAAGCGCAGGAUGACCAGAAGAUUAAAGAUCUGACCGUUAAACUGAAUGCCACAAAGAAGGAAGAGCCCAGGGAAAGCGAGAUCAUCACUCUCGACAAAGAUGAUGAUAUAAGCGAGGAGUCGCGCACGCCGAAGCAACACAUUCUUACCUCCAAUUUCGUACAAGUCACUCAAAAAGAUGCCAAGCUCAUCGGACUGAUAGCGACGUUUCUACAUAUUCAUCCGUUCGGUGCGAGCGUGGAUUAUUUGUGGUCAUACUUGCAAAAAAUGGAGCCCGGUAUCAAGCCAAACGAGGUCGAAGUUCUGAUGCAACGGUUCCCGCAGGUGUUCAAGCAAGAGCUGUUCGGCAUCGGCGCGAACAUGGAGAGGCGUUGGCAGUUUUCAGGUUUUAACGUCUAUCGCAGUCAUUGAUGAAAUCUUAGACGACUGAAUGUAAAAAGUUGCAAAAAA